AUGACGAGGAAUGAGGCCGGCUCCCGCUUCAGCUCGCUUACGAGCACCAGCACCGACAGCACCCGAUCGUCGGCCACUGUCAAACCCCAACGGCCGUCUUCAUCGUCGGCGGCAUCGACAUCGACAUCGCGCAAGGCGCCUAUGCGACUGAAGACGGACGACAAUGGAUCCAUCGCACAGAAAUCCUUCAUCAGUGACUUGAGCCCAGCCCAAUCCUCUCCAACCCACGCAUCUGCGCCGCGCGGAGCAUUGUCGCCAGCUUCAACAACAUCCAAUGUCUCCUCAUUCCGAGAUCACCACCGCUUGAGCGACUUCGCCAACUACCGCCGAGACCUGGCCGUGCUAGAGACCUCCGGUGGCCGUCUUCCCUCCAUCCAGCAGCAGCCUCCAACGGCCAAUCCCUCGUCAACCUCACAAGUCGCUCCCUGGAUGUCGCCCUCCAACGGCGGUGCCACCGCAUCCACCCCCCAAAGCCAGCUCAACACCACCUUCUACAAUGAUUCCAGCGACAACCUAUCCAUUGCCUCUCAGUUGUCGCCAGGCUUUCGUCCCCCCACGAACCGAAUAGCACCUCAGUCGUCCGGAAGUCAGGAUUCGCCUGACGCUGCCUACUUCGGAGACGAACGCCGGCCCUCGUUAGCUAGCAUCACGACACUGAGCAGUCAAGGCUCCAAGACGAGUAUUCGAAGAGGUGGAUUACAAAAAUUACAGGGCUUCUUUGGGGAGGAGUUUCCAGGUCGAGACGGGUCGGAAAGCAGCUUGCAUUCAAGUUCGGGAAAGGACCGCUCGCGUUCCUAUAGCCACAGCCGCCCUACCAGAGAUCGCAACUACUCCAACGCGACCGACCACCAACGAGACCGAGAAGGUUCGCCUUCCUCUUCAAGGCCGAGGACCCCUGUGCCCGCUCCAGAGGUUGUACCUUUCCUCUACCAAGAAGCCGAUGAUAUUGCCAGGUACGGCGAGGCCCCAGUCAGAGACAUUUUGAGCGGCCCCGACCGCGAACGUUACAUGAACAACGAAAAUCCCAACAACCCGCAAAAUCCACCAAAGACCUCCUCAUCAAGUCGCUCCGGCCAUUCAAUCGUGCAUCUGCCUGGCCACCAUCACCGCCAUAACAGAAGCAUUGAUGAUGGCAGGGCGCUCCGGCCAACUGUAAGCAGGGAAGAUUCUCAAGCGAGCUUGCAGGUGCAGAAUCCCCGCGAAAGAGGCGGUUCCGCGGCUACCGUCAUGUACCCUUCCAAUCGAACCCGCGCCCAAAGCCCGACACCGAGCGGCGGCUACUUCAGUUCGAAGCACAAUCCUUCCGUCGACGGCUCGACAUCGCCCGGUGGCCAGCAAACCCAUCAUUCGAAGAGAAACAUUUUAAAUCGAUUGCGGGGGAGGAACAAGGAUAAGGAAGAUGCCACGUCUAGGCUGCGUGAACUGCCCGGGUCGACCAGGUCCUUGGCCGCGAAGCCAUCACGAACUGACUUCGCCCGACCAGAGGCACCUUCAACCUUUCCGCUCGCCUACGCAGGUACUGAGCCUGGCCCCGAUCAGGACCCAAGGAUGGCCGCGGCUGCGUACAACAACCAGCGCAACCAACAGACGUUCAACAACAGAUUCCCAUUUUCGAAGAGCAAAGGACGCCAACAACGAUCAAAUGACGUGGAAGAGCAGAUUGGCCCGACGGAUAGGCAAGCAGGCCAGGGCACCGGCUUCUUCCUCGAUACGAACCUGAGCGACAUGGAAGGCAUCCUAACCAAGCCUCCAAUGCUGACGCCCAUGGAUACCACCUUUGUCACGAAUAUCCCCGACAAAGUCGACGUGGCUCCUCCGGUGCCCCAGAAGAAUGACGCCUUCCCAGGAGGGCCCAAUGGCUCCUGGAAUGCACCGGACAGUUGGGCUGUCCGUCGUAACACAGAGGACACGACUUACCAACCCCCGGAUCUCGACGACAUCGGCAGUCCGCCUCGCCCCGAAGAAAAGAUGACACCCUACUGCAUCCGAAUUUUCAGAUCCGACGGCACCUUCGCGACCCUCUCCAUGGCUUUGGAUGCCAGUGUCACCGAUGUCGUUUCUAUGCUUAUUAAGAAAACGUAUGCUACGGACGGCCUGGAGAAUUACCACAUCAUCCUGAAGAAGCACGACCAAAUUCGUGUCCUCGCUGCACCUGAGCGCCCACUUUUGAUGCAGAAGAGGCUGUUGCAGCAGAUCGGUUAUGAAGAACGAGACAGGAUUGAGGAUGUGGGCCGUGAAGACAACAGCUACCUUUGCCGCUUCAUGUUCUUGUCGUCGAGAGAGAGCGACUUCCACUCGGUUACCAACGACCUCGGCCUCGGACGCAUACAAAAGUUUAAUCACGUUGACUUAUCCGGACGCAACCUCAUCACAAUCCCUAUCUCGCUCUACUCUAAGGCUUCAGAGAUCAUAUCACUGAACCUAUCUCGCAAUCUGUCAUUAGACCUUCCUAGAGACUUUAUCCAGUCAUGUCAAAAUUUGAGAGACAUCAAGUUCAACAACAAUGAAGCCCGCAGGCUACCCCCGAGUCUUGGAAAGGCUGCCAGACUGACAUAUCUGGAUGUCUCGAACAACCGGCUCGAGCAGUUGGAUCAUGCGGAGCUGCAUGGGCUACAUGGCAUUCUUAAGUUGAACUUGGCCAACAAUCGUCUCAAGGCUCUUCCCCAGUACUUUGGCGCCUACAGGUCACUGCGAAACCUCAACAUAUCUUCCAACUUUCUGGAAAAGUUUCCCCUCUUUCUUUGUGAGGUGGAAAGCAUGGUGGAGCUGGACCUCAGCUUCAACACAAUUAGCAGCCUGCCCAAUGAGAUUGGCAAGCUCCGAAACCUGGAAAAGUUUGUCAUUACCAACAACAGACUAUCGAAUUCUUUACCCGAUUCCUUCCGUCAACUACCCAGCCUUCGAGAACUGGACAUCAAGUACAAUGCUAUUACCAGUAUCGACGUUAUCGCCGCACUGCCCAAGCUUGAGAUUCUUUCCGCGGAUCACAACAAUAUUUCUCAGUUCAUCGGCUCGUUCGAGAGGAUCAGAAGCCUCAAACUCAACUCGAACCCCAUUACUAAGUUUGAGAUUAUCGAACCGGUCUUGACUUUGAAGAUGCUCAACCUUUCCCAUUGUCAGCUGGCAAGCAUCGACGAAACCUUCAACAUGAUGUUGAAUCUGGAACGUCUCGUCUUGGACAAGAACUAUUUUGUGUCCUUGCCUGCACACAUUGGAAACCUCAGCCGACUGGAGCAUUUCAGCAUCGCCAACAACAACGUGGCUGAACUGCCAACCUCGAUCGGAUGUCUCACUGAACUCCGGAUACUGGACGUAAGAAGAAACAACAUUCGCAAGUUGCCAAUGGAGCUUUGGUGGGCGAAUAAGCUCGAGACGUUGAAUGCGUCUUCCAACAUCCUGGAGAACUUCCCCAAGCCUGCCUCGCGAGCACCUCGAGCCGCAGGCGAGGAAGCCCAAACCCCUGCUGCUAUGAAUAAACCCAAUCCUAUGAACAGUCUCCCUCAGCUACCUAUUGAGGAGAUUCCAGAUUCUAGGAGGCCGAGCGGGAACUCCUCAUCAACCUUGCUUAGCGUCGGACCUUCUCCAGUGCCCGGCGGUGCAGACAGGAAAAGUUCGGUCGUGUCAGUCUACGGCAAAGGCGGCAGAAAAACAUCGGUGGUAUCUAGAUCGACGUCUCAAGGCACGGUUCAGACGAUGACGCCGCCAUCUGUGAGGAAAGACUCGACUUUGACAUCAAGGCUCUACACAACUUUCGCCGGUUCUUUGCGAAACCUUUACCUGGCAGAGAACAAGCUUGAUGACGAGGUUUUCGACCAGAUCACCAUGCUCAACGAAUUGCGCGUGCUCAACUUGUCGUGGAAUUAUAUUAACGAUAUGCCACAACGAUCAAUCAAGAGCUGGCCGCAAAUGGUGGAGCUCUAUCUGUCUGGUAACGAGUUGACAACCUUACCGGCCGACGACCUCGAGGAUGCCAGUCUUCUGCAGGUAUUGCACAUCAACGGAAACAAGUUCACCAACCUGCCAGCCGACAUUUCCAGAGCUAAGAAGCUGGCGGUGUUGGAUUGUGGCAGCAAUUCCUUGAAGUACAACAUUUCCAACGUUCCCUACGAUUGGAACUGGAACCUGAACCCCAAUCUGAGGUACCUCAACUUGUCAGGGAACAAGCGCCUGGAGAUCAAGGCGGCCAAUCCUCCCUCCACCGCCUCCAACCGCGACGAUUCACUCGCUGACUUCAGCCGCUUGCUCAAUUUGAGAGUUCUGGGUCUCAUGGAUGUCACGCUCACACAACCCACGAUUCCCGAUCAAAGCGAAGACCGCCGUGUGCGAACGUCCGGAUCUCUUGCUGGACACUUGCCGUACGGUAUGGCCGACACCCUGGGCAAGAAUGAGCAUCUCUCGACGAUUGAUCUCGUCGUGCCUCGCUUCAAUUCAUCAGAGACUGAGACGCUACUGGGUCUCUUUGACGGCCAAGCCCUCUCCAGCGGCGGUUCCAAGAUUGCCAAGUACCUUCACGAGAACUUUGGUCACAUCUUCAGCAUGGAGUUGAAGGGCCUCAAGACACGUCUUAACGAGACCCCUGUUGAUGCUCUCAGACGUGCUUUCCUGUCACUGAACAAAGACCUUGUCACCGUUGCGAUACAGCACAACGAGGAGCGCUCUCAGAAGGUGCAUAGGGGCUCUGCGCAGCCGGUUGUGCUCAGUAAGGAGGAUCUCAACUCUGGCGGCGUUGCGACCGUGGUGUACCUUCAGAACACAGAGCUCUUCGUAGCGAACGUCGGCGACGCCCAGGCCAUGCUUAUCCAGACGGACGGCUCCCAUAAGAUUCUCACCAAAAAACACGAUCCCGCGGAACCUACCGAGCGUCAACGUAUCCGCGAGGCUGGCGGUUGGGUCUCUCGUAAUGGCAGACUAAACGACUUGCUGGAAGUCUCUCGAGCUUUUGGCUACGUUGAGCUCAUGCCAUCCGUUCAGGCCGCCCCCUACGUCAGCAGCAUUACCAUUCGAGAGCAAGACGACAUCAUCUUGAUUGCCACCAGAGAGUUUUGGGAGUACUUGGACCCCGCGUUGGUCGUCGACUUUGCUAGGCAAGAACGCGGCGAUCUUAUGCGGGCAUCGCAGAAGCUUCGUGAUCUCGCAAUCGCCUAUGGCGCCACCAACAAGAUCAUGGUCAUGAUGAUGAGCGUGUCUGACUUGAAGAGGAGAGUCGAACGAUCCAGACUUCAUCGCGGGCAGAGCAUGUCUCUGUAUCCCUCAGGUGUUCCCAACGAUCUACAGCAGCUUCCGCGUCGUGGCAAGAGGAACAAGGGUGACGUGCUGGACUCAACAUUGCAGCGACUCGAGGCCGAGAUUCCAGCGCCUACUGGCAACGUGUCUAUCGCAUUUACCGAUAUCAAGAACUCUACCACAUUGUGGGAGAUGUACCCAGCUGCGAUGAGAUCCGCCAUCAAGCUGCACAACGAGGUAAUGCGCAGGCAAUUGCGAAGAAUCGGCGGUUACGAGGUCAAGACUGAAGGAGAUGCCUUCAUGGUGUCAUUCCCGACGGCCACUUCGGCACUAUUGUGGUGUUUUGCGGUCCAGAUGUCGCUAUUGGAUGUCAACUGGCCUUCCGAGGUCCUCAACUCCGUCUCUUGUCAAGCACUCUAUGACAAAGACAACGCCUUGAUCUUCAAGGGUCUUUCCGUUCGCAUGGGUAUUCACUACGGUGAGGCCGUCAGCGAGAUGGACCCCGUCACCAGGCGUAUGGACUACUUCGGACCCAUGGUGAACAAAGCGUCCCGUAUCUCGUCGGUUGCUGAUGGAGGCCAAAUCACUGUUUCGUCCGACUUCAUUUCAGAGAUCCAACGUUGCCUAGAGAGCUACCAAGACACGGACAGGAAUGCCUCGACAGGUUCUGAAGACACGUUUGAUGAUGACCAGGGCUUUGCUACUACGAUACGCAAGGACUUACGGUCUCUCAGCUCCCAGGGUUUCGAGGUGAAGGAGAUGGGAGAGAAGAAGUUGAAGGGUCUUGAAAACCCGGAAGUGGUGUACUCGCUCUACCCACACGCUCUUGCGGGACGCAUCGAUCACCACCAGCAACAAGAGACUCGCGUCGAGGUUGAUAAGCCCGCUAUCUUGCAGGCUGGUAGCGAGUUGGCGUUCGACACUGAGUCUAUUUGGGCCCUGUGGCGCGUCAGCUUGAGACUGGAGAUGCUGUGCAGCUCGCUGGAGAACGUGUCUGGCCGUGGCUUGCAACCCCCCGAGACGGAGCUUUUGGAGAGAAUGAAGCACCGGGGAGGUGAGGUGACGGAGCGAUUCCUGCUCAACUUCAUGGAGCACCAAGUGAGCAGGAUAGAGACUUGCGUCACUUCACUGUCACUUCGUCACAUUGCUAUUGGCUGUGCCCCUCUGGAACAGCUAGAGGACAUGCGGGCGCCUAUUAGCGAUAUUCUCGAUCAGGUCGCCAAGCAGAUGGCCGAGCUAGCGAGAUACAAGGCCCUCUACGGCGAAUUGAGCGACUCAGACCACGGUAGCGACACGGAGCAAGAGUAA